GUCGCGUGUAGUGUGUAAACGUGUCCGAUUUAUGAUAUGAAGGACGUUGGUCAGCAACAAUGCUUGAGUCCUUUGAUGGUCCAGUCCUCCAAAAUCAAUGGGUGGCUUGUAUCUCGUAAAUUAAUACAAACGGAUUACCCGAAAAAACUAAGAGAGAUUGACUUGAAAAUUAAUGACGCUACAAAUAAAAGUCCUGAAGCAUCAGUACAUCUCUCAGAGAAUCCAUCCCUAUAUCUAGGAUGCAAGAAAGUACUGGAUAUCCUGUCGCAGACAGAUACUAAAACAGACUUUUUCGGACGUUCGAGUACUGUUGUUCGCGCAUGGGCAGAUAUCGUUAGUUUGUUUCAGAAAAACAAUUUAUACUUGGCUGAAAUCGGAGACUCCAUUCAUGAGUUGUCUGCUGUGCAAGUUCCGAGAGGUAAAAUGUUCAUUACAGAGAGACAAAAGAAUCUGUUGGAUUUGCGUCAGAAACUGAGGGAACAAAACCUAAAUCUGAGUCGUAAAGAGGAACUUUUGGAAAAGGUGUACAAGGAGUUCCGAGUUGACGUCAAUGAGCAAAACAUUAAAGUUCGCCUACUCGAAGAAGCUGAAAAUGUCCUAGAAUUCUUAACAGAAUUUGUUGAUUCGUUGAAAUCCUUAGAUCCAGCUUUACAGUUGUACUCGAGUUUCAGAAAAUUUAUCCUCGGAGGUUUUCAGAAUGAUAAUGAACCUGAAAAAGUGUUUGAAUGUUGUCCAACUCUUCAGCUGCUAAUUGAUUCAGGCCAUGUUCUAGUUUUCACAUGGAAAAAUGGUUAUGCACCUGAAUGUGUCAAAGAAAGCGAUGAUUUUAUACCUCUUUUAUUAAAACAAGAAAGAGAAAAACUAAAACAAUCAUCAAUAGAAAUGGAGAAAACUGAUCUUGUAGCGGAAGAUGCUUCCUUGGAACCAAAUGAAAUAGUUUGGGAUGAAACUGAAGGAAUUGAUUUUGGUCCUAUCGAUUAUGAUGUUAUCGAAAGUAUUGAAAUUGAAACCGAAAACACUCCACCGAUGACUCCAUCAGGCCUAACUGAUUCUGGCAAUGCUGUCAGCAGUAGUAUAUCUUCUGAAAUACAAGCCAAACCAACAAUUGCUUCUGGUGGAUCUGCUCGUUACCUACUGGACUCAACUGAUGGACGUAAAGCUCUUUUAAAUGAUCUAUUCGAGUUGGAUGCAUUUUUACAACGAUUUCAAGAGGAUAUGCAUGAAAGGUUAGAUCAUGAAGGCGGGGGGAAUCAACUCAGUGUCUCUGAACGAAAUACCACAGGAUCAUCUGGCAACACUGGUUGUGAUACACUUCAGAAUAUGGUCAUGCAAAAUGCUCCACAGGACAUUCAAUCAUGUACAUGGGAUGAAUUGAAUAGAAUGAUUCAACUUGUUAAAGAAGCUCAAGAUAAAUUAACAACCAGUUCGUUGAGUCAACUAAUGAUGAUAAGAACAAGAACAGGAUAUUUGGAUAGAUUAACGGAUCGACUUUUGGAUUAUAGACGUCAAGUAACGUUAGCCAAAACUAGAGUUUCACAAACUCAACACUUGAUUGAUAAAACAAUAAAAGAACAAGAGGAGAAGACAAUACAACUUCAUCAGCACAGAGAAUCAUGCAUAAAGCUAGUCACCUUUUUUGAAGAGGAACUAUCCAGGAUUUGUAAUCGACAAGUUCAAAUAAUUGGCCAGUUCUGUGAUGUAUGACAAUGAUGAUGAUUAUUGAAGUUAAUUUAAAACACUUUUUUUCUUUUUAUUUCAUUUGGAUGAAUGGCUUUCAUUUUCAUAAUAUACAUAUUCUCAAAUGAAC